AUGGACGAAGAGGGAGCCGAACGACAGCUUAAAGUCGUCUUAUUGGGUGAACCCUCUUCUGGAAAAAAUUUAAAUAUUCGUUUCCGACUGCUCCAACACUUACUAGACAAACGCUCCAAACUUUCUAUUAAUUACAAAAGACUUAUCUACAUAACUAUAAUAAGACCUAUAUGGACAUACGGAGUUGAGCUUUGGGGCUCCACCAAACCAUCGAAUUCCUAUCGUAUCCAAUCCUUACAAUCCAAAAUCCUCCGUAAAAUCCUUAAUGCUCCAUACUUUGUCACAAAUAAAAUCAUUCAUAAAGACCUUAAUGUACCAUAUGUCGCUGAUUUAGCUCGAGCCAGAUAUCUAUCCUUUCAUGAUAAACUUCAGUCCCAUCCAAAUCCGCUUUCUUCGAUAGUUUCCAGAUUCGCCCACAACGAGUACAGCCGCCAAUAUUACCCCACCUUCGGGACGGAUUUCCUCCUCCAUCGGCACCAGCUGAGGGCUGGCAAGGAGGUGACUCUCGUCAUCUGGGACCUGAGCGGACAAGUCCUCACCAGCCCGAUGCUGUCCAACUGCCUUUACGGAGCCAACAUAAUCCUGGCCGUUUACGACAUCACCAACGCGGCCAGUUUCAGCAAGCUCCAGGAGUGGAUUGCUGCCGUCAGGGAAACGCAAACGGAUUCCCAACCGAACCUGGCUAUAAUUGCCAACAAAUGUGACAUGGAACACCAGAGAGCAAUCUCAGUAGAAAAGCAAGUAAAAUUUGCAAACGACCAUGGCUUACCGACGCACACUGUAUCAGCGAGGACCGGCGAAAAUGUAACUAUGGCACUUCAGAAGGUAUGCGCAGAGGUACUAGGUUUAAAACUGACGAGGUUGGAGCAAGAAGCCAGUCAGGUUGUGGUCAAAGCUGAAAUUUUGGCACCUACGCAAGGACAAACUCCAUCUUAUCAGAGUACAUCAUCGAGUUCAGUUUGUAGUAUACAAUGAUUUAGAAGGCGGGGUGUUCAAAAGUUCACAAUGUGGUGUAUACGUUCCUCGUAUUUCUUUCAUUGCCCUAAAUUUUUUAUAAAAGAUAUUCAAUUUUUAA